CUUGGAGAGGAGGAUCCUCAGGGUAAGUGGAGGAGGACGGCACCAGAACCCGACUCCCACCCAGGUUGGACACUGUAAAGCUGGGGGCUCUAACCUGCUGGACGAGGACCCUGCGGAGCCCCGGCUAGGAUGAUGAGGCCUACAGGAAGCUGUGAGCCUGAUGGUGCAGCAGCAGCCUCCACUGGUGAAUGUGACAGAAGGUGAUAAUGUGUCCCUGUCCUGCGUGGUGACGCCAAGUCAGGCCUGGGAGAGGCUUCGAGUGCAGUGGACCCUGAACAACUCUGACCUUUGCCACAUGCUCAUCUCAAAUGGCAGCCUCAGAUCUGUGAGCUGUGAGUCUCGGAGACAGCUGUUCUGGGUGCCACCUGGGAACCUCACCCUGGGGCUAGACCGUGUGAGCCUCAAUGAGAGCGGGGACUACGUAUGCAAGGCCACUCUGGAGAUCCCCACAUUGCAGGAGGCUCAGGGCAACGGGACAAAAGUCAUAGUAGAAGAAGGUGACCUCCAGCUCAAAGAGACCUUCGUCCAGUCAGGGCUCCUGCUGGCGCUUUCGGUGGUUGGGGGUGUGGUGGCAGCCUUGGUGGUGCUAGGUGUUGUGUUGUGGGGCCUCAGCAGUUGUCACCGGGAGGAUUCAGAAAAUUCUUUGUACAGCAAUGUCCUCCACCGGCCCCGGGAGACGCCACACCGUCCCAAGGUCCGGCCUAAAGAGAAGGCGCCGGACCCGAGAACCCAGAUCGUCUAUUCCACUACCUUCCCCCAACCUGACCUAGGCCAACAAUUUCUGGUCCCCAAACCCAGCCCCAGGCCCAGGUCUGGCCACCCUGUCUCUGCUCGCUGAGCAUCUGCGAACCCUAGGGGGUAGGGACGGGCCACAUGCCAAGAGGGUUCCUUGAAGUCAAAAGAGGCAUUGGAGACUCUGGGAACCCACAGUGGACAAGGAUUGUCACUGUUUCUCUAAGGGGAGGGGACGUCCAACAGCCCAGGCUAAGAUUAAUCAUGGGACCCAAGGACUCUCAAUAAAGGCUGUUUUAAAUACAGUACAUGGUACCCAGGGCCUCAAAAAUGCUGA